GCCCCGCCCCGGCCCGCCCUGCCCUCAGCGCCGUUUCCAGCCGGCGGCGUUUGGCGGGCGCACGGCGGGAGCUCCGAAGGGGCGGCGGUGGCGGGAGCAGCUCCGCGAUGUCGGUUAAGAGAGCAUUAAAGUUGGACAGUGUUAAAAAAGAUUAUCCAGCUGAUGCAACCCCUGAGAAGGCCAAAAGGAGAAAUCUGAAUUUUUACUCACCGACCACAGGAACGUGCCAGAUGAGUCCCUUUUCCUCUCCCGUGGGUCACAGUGCACARAAACCCCAAAAUCCCCCAGCACAGGGAGAUGGGAAUGAGCAGAGCGAUUCUGAGAGUGGAUUAUCCAGGAGAGGGCAGCCUCCAACAGAGCAGGACAUGUUCCUGGAACUGCAGUCCCAAGUGAGAAGUUCCUUGCCCAGAAUUCUGAAAAUAAGGGCAAAUCUGACAAACCUAAAGGCUUUGGAGGGCAGCAGAGAGCUGGAAAAUCUCCUCGGAGUCUCCCACUCRUCCUGUGUCCUGAGUGCUGAACUGCAGAAAACCCAAGAGCUGGUGAGUCAAGCAGAAAAACUGCAGCUGUUGAAAGCAAACCAUGGAGAAGUCCCUGCCCGAGGGUACUUCCAGACAGCCGGGAGUGCUGCAUUCCUGAACUCACUCCUGGACAGAAGGAAGGAGCCCCUGGGGCUGCUCUCGGCCUUCCCCAGCACCGAGGCACUGCCAGAGUGACCAGGACCAGCACUUGUUGGAAACCACGUGCACAGAGCUCUGGGUGUCCUGCAGGCUGCGAGGGCCUCAGGGGAGACAGUUGUUUCUCUGCACAGGGGAUUUGUUCCUGGUUGGAGAAUUGUUCCUGGUUUGUUGAGCACCAUGACAAAGUGACUCUGUAGAAAUUCCCUACUAAAACAUCCUGUGGUGUUUCUCCUCAUCUUGUUGCUCCUUUGGCUCCUUGUCUUUGUUCCUUCAAACAUUCCAAAAUGUUCCUGCAGCUCAGAACAGAGGGGYUGCUGCCCUGCCUUGCCUUAGGCUGUGUGUGUGUGUUUUACUGGACAUCAGAUCCGUAACUCCAAACAGAUCCCAUGAACGAUGCUGCCGCUGUCUAAUUGCUAUUUAUUUUAGUCAUUCCUCAUCUCCCCACAGGCAUUAUGUGAAAAAUGCAUUCCACAUCAACCCAAACUUCUCCAUCUGCUGGGCUGGACUUAAAAGGAGCGAAGAGCUGAGUGUAAACCAAUCUCCCCAGCAAAUCCCAGCUGGGGAGCGCUCGCUGCGCCGGGCAGGUGCACGUCCAGAUAACAUUUCUGGCAUCUAUUUCAACUUAACAAUGUGCACAACCAGAUAAUCUCAAUGUAAAUAAUCCACCCUGGGUGGCUGUGCAGCCCUGGGUGAGCGGGGUUGGUGUGUGUGGAAAAUAAACGGGGGUUCUGGAGGGCUUUCUGCAGCACUGCCUGGGCUCUGAGGCUGGAGGAGCAGGGAAUCGAUCCCUYUGCAGUGCAAGGGAUUAUUCUGACCCUGGAUGUGUUUGAGUUGUUUGCAAACACUCCCUGGUGGUGCUGCCACAGUUGGGGACAGAUUUGUCAUCCACAUGAGAGCUCCUCUAAAGCCAACCCCAGCCCCACAAUGGAAAGGGCCUCAGCUUCCAGCCCAGCAUUAACACGCACGGCUAUGGAGGAACUUCUGCUUUAAGGUCAACAUUUGAGUUUGGUUUUGCCAUUUAAUGCUCUAAGGGCAGAGUUGUUUUAUACGACCCAGCUGCUUUUCUCUUUCCUUCUCAACUUCACCCUUUGAGCCAAGGGAAGCCCCUGCAUCUCAAAUCCUUGCAUUAGGCUGGAAAAGUGCAGUAAAUGAUUUAUACUUUUUUAUCMAAGUCCACCAUACACACACACUUGAAUGUCCUUUCUACCACUGCAAAGUCCUUCUCCACAAAUAAACUGAUUUUUACAACUCGAAUUGUCAGCACCGCCAUGAUGUGUUCUGGGUGUG